CAUUCCGGGCUUAAGACAAUUAGCAUUUAAAAAAAUUGAUAGAUUAAAUAAUUUAUUUGAAGAAAUUAUUAAGGAAAAACGUAAAUCUGUAGCUGCUGGACGAUCUAAUGGUGAUCUUUUAGAAUUGAUGUUAAAUGCUUGCGAAGAUCAAGAUAAUCAAAUGUUAUCAGAUGCUGAAUUACGAGAUGUUCAAGAAAAAGCUCGAAAAGAAGUUUUAGAAAUACUUGGCGAUAAUCUAACACCAUCAAUAGAACAGCAUACGUCAUUAAAGUAUUUGAAUAUGGUUAUUCGUGAAAAUCUUAGAUUAUAUCCUCCAGCUGGAGGUUUACCAUUACGUGCAUUAACUGAAGACUUAAAGUAUAAGAAUUUUUUGCUUCCGGCUGGCACUCCCAUUAGUCUCUUUAUCUAUGGGAUACAUCAUUCUACAAAGCUUUGGGAAAAUCCAGAGGAGUUUUUGCCUGAGAGGUUUGAAACUGAACAUGAUAAUUAUUCUUGGAUAGCCUUUGGAAAUAACUUUUCUCUUAUUGAACAGAGGAUAGUGUUGUGUUUAGGGGAAAAAAUUAAAUAUUUAUUACCGAUUCAUCGCUUAUUUGGUGGAUAUUUAACAAAGUCUAUCGAUUCGGAUAUUUCACCUUUGAAAGCACGAUUUAAUUCCAACACAUCAUCCUUUACGCCAUGGAAUUCCCUGACAAAUGAUUUAUCAUUUGAAAAUACUCUUGUUCAAUGGAUUCAUUAA